UUUGUUAGCAAGUUAGGAGAGAAUGGAAUGCAGAGGUAUUUAACGGUAAGUCCUCUGGAAAAAAUGCAAAGGUAUUUACAAUCCUUCUAACCCUUACAACUGUCGCAAGAACGAUCGUUCUGGCCUCCCCGGCGCGCUCCGCCGUCCCCGCCUCGCUACCGUUUUCCUCCCGUCCGUUCUCGGGUCUAUUCUCUCCGAUUCCCGCCGGUUCUCUCCCGCCAUUAAUAACGGAUCGGUACCGGUGGGUCUCUUCUCUCCCUCGAAGGGGGACGGCUUGGCUCAAUAAGCUGGGUGACCCUGUUCUCUUGGUUGGCUAUCUUGAGUUAGAAUGGGCAACUGCAUGGAUAAGGUUGUGGUAAAUUUCAGUGCAUCUUGGUGUAUUGCACCUGUUUAUUCCAAGCUAUCUGAGGCGUUCCCUUCGUUCACUUUUCUGUCAAUAGAUGUUGAUCGGAUGACAGAAAUGAGUACGCCAUGGGACAUCCAGGCGACUCCGACAUUCAUUUUCCUAAAAGAUGGGCAGCAGCUGGAUAAGCUUGUUGGUGCCAACCAAGUUGAGCUUGAGAAGAAGUUGGAACAAUUUGGCUUUCUUCCAUUGACGAAGUGUUCGUGAUGAGGAAUCUAGUUUUUCCUACAGGGAAGAACUAGAAGCAUUUGAUCAAUGGCCUUUCGCAUGCUUCUUCUCAUCUGUAGCCCAACAAUCUGUAGGAUCACAAUUCUGAUGAUCUUAUAGGAAGGUUCAAAUGGUAAGGUGCCUCUGUAUCAAUCGAUUUGUUCCUGGAUCAAGUUUUCAGGAGUCAUAAGUGCACUGGUUAAAUGUUCCUUGAAUUUGAGCUGUUAACCUUGGCGAAGACUUAUUUUGGCUUUUGUGAUGUGUAUGAGAUAUAUGAAAUUGAUAAGCUAGAUCAGUUGAUACUCUGCCUAGGCAGCAAGAAAGUCUGUAGGAGCCUUGCCGAUCUAUGUAUGAGUGUAUUAUGUGGCACCCCAAAUGUAAUAAUUGUUUGACAUUC